UUCUGUGGUGUUCAGUGUACUAAGGGGAAAAAUACAGCAGUAAAACAAAAGGCUGCAAUAUGACAAAGGAUAUUAAUUCUUGUUUUUCACUUUAAAUUUGGCCUUUUCCUCAAAACGAAACUUCAUUCCUUAUAGUUUCAUGCUUUUUGUACUUUUUUUUAGAGCUUCCUUCUAUUUCCUCCUCUGCAUGCUUUACUUUUUCCUCUAUUAUUCUCAUACCUCCUCUUCACUCCCAUUCUUUCAAAUUUCUUCUCUCUCUGGCUGACUGUGUAAGGGACUCAUCCCAGACUAAAGCCGCCCCCAACUCCUCCUGUGACCUGCCAUGUCUAACCCUUGCCACUCCGCUUAUCUACGGGGGAGUCUCGGCUCCUUCGCCGCCGACAUGAAGAGAAUGAUCAACGCGCCGGAGAUGAGUGAUGUAAAAUUCAUUGUUGGAGAGGAGAGGAAAGUGGUGUAUGCUCACCGCUGCAUCUUAGCAUAUCGCUGCGAGGCAUUUAGCACCAUGUUUGCCGAGCAACUUCUGUCACGUGAUGCCAAAGAAGCCGAAGUUCCAUUUGUUCUUACAGAUGUGCGGCCAGACGUCUUCUUAGCUGUGGUUGAGUUUCUCUACACAAACUGUGUGAUGCUGAGCAGCGAUAUAGCUCUGGAUGUACUUACAUCAGCAGUGGAAUAUGGCCUGGACGAGCUUCAAAGGAUGUGCGUGGACUAUAUCAACAGUACCUUGACAGUAGAAUCUGCCUGUGAAGCAUUACAGGCUGCGGUGACAUACAGACAGACUGACAUGAAAGACAAAUGCCUAGCUUUCAUUGAGGCCCACACCAAAAGUAUUGUGAAGACCCAAGGCUUCCAUGAGCUUUCUGAUCCUGCCUUGCUUUCUAUUCUGCAGAGUGACCUGCUCACUAUCGAUGAACCGGAUUUAAUUAACUUUGUCAGAGAAUGGGCUCAUGUUAACUCAGUAGUUCUGGACAAACCGGUACCUGAAAUAGCAAAGGACAUUAUCUGUGAACUGCGGCUUUUUCUGUUGAGCCCUGAAGAGCUGACAAUCCUAGAAGCUGAAAACAAGAAAGAUAACCUCAUUCCUCCUCUGCAGUACGUGAUUCAUUAUUCUUCAUGAUCUCCAUUUACAUCUCAAAAUGGACAAAAUAGCUGAAGUGUGGAAGUUCCAUGCAUUAAAGAAACCAAGUGGAAUCGCAACACAUCUUCCUCGGAGACGGAAAGGCACUCGGCUUCGAGAACAUCACAAGUAUCUCAACCUUUACCACAAAUAGAGGCCAAUGAUGCACAAUUGUACUUGAAGACUGUACUCUAAUCUUAGAUGAGAAGAAUUCAUCAACUGCCAUUACUGAACUGAAUCAAACUGAUAUGUCCUGGAAUAUGGUACAAGCCUUUACACUGGGGCUGUAUCCCAUCCAGCUUCUACAUGUAGGAUAAUAAAACAAGGACCUGCAGAUGCUAGAGAUCCGAAACAAACAAAAACAGAAAUUGCUGGAGAAAC